AAAAGAUUGUGAUGGUCUGGCCACAUGCACAACCAACCGGAAGCUCGCAGUGAUGUGAACAAGGAAAAACACCUUGAGGACACCUUUAGAAAAACUGUAGAGGAUGCUGAGAAAGAGAAAUAUGAUCUUGGUAGAAAGAUAUCAAGACUGACCUCUGAACUUGAGAUCUCCAAGUCUGAAAAAUCUCAUGCAGUUAACAGGCAGAAAGUUCUGGAAGAAAGAAUCAGAACUUUAGAGAAAGAGGUGACAGACAAAAUGGUGAAAUUUCAAGAUCUUGUAAGGGAGAUUGAGGAUUCAUCUGCUAGAUUGGCACACUAUGAAUCUCAAAAUUCACAACAGCGCAGAGAUUUAGAUUUCAAGAACCAGGAACUUGAAAAUAUUAGAAAGGAACUGAAGGAGCUUUGGAUGACACACAACCAGCUGACCGAGCACUCUGGUCAACAAGCUGACCUCAUACGGCAGCUUCAGUCUCUACAGCAGGACACACAGAAAAUGAUGAAGAACCAAGAAGAUGCCUUUACACUAGAGAGCACUUCCUUACAGCAGAUGUUUACAGACGUCAAUGCCAGGUACGAGCAAGCCAAGAGGACAGAGGCUGACCUGAGGCAACAGGUUCUGGAACUAAAGAAGAGUCUUAUGGACAAAGAUGAUGUCAUAUCUACACUGAACUCACAAGAACUGACCAGUCGACAAGCUGAAAAUAGGAACUCAUCUACAAGACAACCUGAGUAUGGGGGCAGUUUCCUGGACAUUGUGCAGGAAGUUGAUGCAAUCAAUGGAGCUGCUACUCCUAGGUCCAGGACUAGAGGGAGGUCAUUGAACAGAAGUCAAGACCUGGAAGGGAAAGUCCCAGGCAGUCACUGUGUAUUGAGGCCAAGGUCACUGUCUCCUCCCACUCAAGAUGUGGAACCCAGGCUGGAGUUGUUUGAUGUGAGAAAAGUCGAGCAGCUGCAAAAGGAAUUAUCCUUAAAGACGCGUCAGUUGGAAGAGAUAAGAAAGGCACAUGACAACAGGAUAAAGAGAUAUGAGAACCUUCAGGCUAGCUACCGUCUGGCCAGGGAAGAAAUGAAGGCUUUAGAGUUUGGCAGUAAACCAAAAGCUAAGAAAAUUAAACGAGCUGAUCCCAGGUCACUUCAGAAAGAAAACAGUGAUGCCGUGUGGAAUGAGCUGACCUACUUUAAGAAUGAGAACAGGAGCUUGCAAGUGGACAAACUGUCACUCCAAGAGGAAGUAGACCUACUGAGGGUGCAGACAGCCCAGGAUGAUGCCACCAUACAUGAACUUAAGGUGGCUCUACAGGGACAGAAAGAAGACUUUGAGUUCCAACUUAGGAGACAAACCAGAGAAAACAGGAAUCUUCUAGAAACAGAAAAACAGGUGUCUUUGCUGAAAUCUCAGGUUCAGAAUAAAUCUGUUCUUGUAGAGAAACUAGAAAGAGAUUUGCUAAACUCUGUUGCCCAGCGUGACGAUCUGGUGCAGGAGAAAAGUAAACUGAUGUCUCAGCUGGUGAAUGUCCAGCAGGAUGCCUCCACCUACAGGAUGGAACUGGCUGAUGUCAAACACAAGCUACAGAGUGCAAACCGCAAGCUUGAAGAGUUGGAGCAAGAAAUGGCCGCCAGCCACACCAUGAAGAGAAGCACAUUGGAUGAAGACUCCUCUGCUUUAGCCAGCUCUGUUGUUGCCAGUUUGGCUGUGAAGAGAAAAUCAAGAGAGGCGUCACCUACAAAGUACAAAAAUGACGGGGUCACCCCACUUUACAAUGAUGAAGAAUGGGAAGAGGUUGAAAGUGAAAGUGAACAGGAGACUGGAUCGGCUGAUCUGAACCAAACUUUGAGAUUUUCGGCCAGAAAGUCUAAAAAACCUGCCCAAGUUGGUGACGAUCAGAAAAAGAAAAACAAGUCUCAUCGAGUCCCCACCCAUCGCCCCCCUGCCCAGUGUUCAGACCAAAGUACCUCACCAGAGAGGCUGACCACCCAUAGGUCCAGGUCUACUAGCCGUGUCACAGAGGGCCAUGUGGGUAGAAGAGAAUUCGCCACCUCCCCCAUCUCCUUCCUCUCCCCCACCCUGAGGCCAUCAAGAACGCAAGCAGCCAACCCACAACAUCCGCCAACCCUCCACCACGCCAGCUAUGCUGUGGCUGCCAACCGCAGGGCUAAGAGAGCUGUGGAGUCCAGACAAAUGGCCACCCUGAAACAACGCAUCACACAUCUGGUGACCCAGGUGACCGUGUUGAAGAAUGCUAAGAUGCUGGCGGUGCAGGCGGAGGAGACCCUGCAGGAAACUGUUUCCAGACUACAGAGUGACUUAGUUUCCAUGUCCGGGAGACUGAAGGCAUCAAAACAACUUGCUCAAAAACUUCAAACCGACUUAGAGAAACUACAGAAGGAGAAACAGGCUGUGGAAGAACAGCUGACAGCAGAAAAAAAAGACACAAAGUCAGACAAUGAUGGGCACGAGAUGAAAGUUCUGGAAGCCAAACUUAAAGUUGCUGCUAGUGAGGCCUCCCGCCAAUCUUCUGCCAUGAAAACCCUAAAAACAGACAAUGACAGUCUGCAGGAUCAGAUCAGAACUCUCCAAGAAAAGGUCAACCACCUGGAGAGAGACAACAACCAGAAGAGGGUGCUGCUGGAGAGCCAGAAGGUCAAGCUUAAACAUGUGCAGGAGGUCAGCAAGUCUGAGGCGGAUAAUGUGGAGGAACUAGAGACAAAGAUCAAGUUGUUGACUGACACCAACAAUAAGAAUAAAGUUCAGAUUGAGUCACUGAGGAAAAGACUGGGUCUGGUAACAAAAGAGAAAAAAACACUUGAAGAAAAACUACACAAGACCUCACGUGAGCUUGAUCUUAAAUCAAAACAACUGACAGAAGCAACCAAUCGCUGUGCAGCGCUAGAGACAGCCCUGUCUGACCUGGAGUCAUCAGCCCAGCAGCAGCUACACGGCCUGGCCUCGCAGUCCGAGUCAGCCAUAGACGCAGCUAGAGAAAAGCUGGCUGCAGCACAGUCCAGAAUUUUACAGUUCCAGACCACAAUUAAGAUUCUAGCCACUGAAAUCCUGGGCAGGACAGAACAAGCUCGCUCCCAGCUGACAGAGUCCCUGCUAGCACAUGAGCGCAGCAAGAGGGAAGAGGACCUCUCACUGCAGAGGGCACAGGACAAGGCUAAGGACAUUCUGAACCUCAGUCAGUCAGAUCUGGAGGACAUUAUGAGUGCUGAUGGGGACAUGGAAAGUCUGAAGUCACUGACAGUAGAUGGUAAAAAAAUGGACAAAAGAUGGCUGAGAAAAUGUGAAAAAAUACUAAAUAGUGGGGAUGAUUUUGUUCGGCCACUGGUCAAACUAUUGCUGCAGAAAUUUGACGAGAGGACUGACCUAAUUAUGAACACACCUAGAUGAAGACUGACCUAAUUAUGAACACAUCAAAAUUAGGACCGACCUAAUUAUUAAUGCACCAGAAUAAAGACUGACCUAAUUACAGACUACUGACCUAAUUCUGAAGACACCAAUAUGAGAACUGACCUCACAACAGAAAACAAACUAGUUUUGUGUCCCAAGAUUUGAACUCUCUCCCUCCACUUACCUGUACAGUAUUACACUACUCGUCCAUUUCUUACAUAGACGUAAACAUAAGCUGAGAGUCAGUGAAUCCAUUUUCUCUUGAACCAAGGGAGAGUAGUCAAUAAUUACAGACAUUUUUUUUUAAGGUAUCAGAGAAUAAGGGUUGUUGUAUAUGUGUAUGUGUGCUCAGUAAGAUUCUCUCAUAUGUAAUAUAUUAUGUAGCAUUGUUUUUUUUACCGUUGGUAAGUAUUUAGCAUUCCGUCCAAAAUUGAGCAUUUUAAAAAGAUUAUUUAUUGUGGGUUUAUCUUAUUAUCCUCUACUGUUGUUUUGGUUAUUCAUCCCUUCAUAAUGUCUGAAAACCUUUUGCAUAAGUUAAUGUAUAGAGUAUAUUUAACAAAGCAAUAGUUUCUGUAACUUAGAUUAAAAAUUUUUUUUUUUCAGUUGGGUACUGUAAAUGGAAAAAUAGAAUUGUUUUUUACUUUCAUUUAAACAAUGUAAUCCCUUAGAAUUAUAUUACCUCCCUUAGACCAUGUUUAAAAAAUAUGCCUUAACUUCCCUGAUAGUAUUGUUUUAAUAUAUUCCAUAAUUUCACUUGCCUUGUAAAUUUACAUUCCAAAAUAUAUUAUG